AGAGGACAUCAUUAAACAAAAGUACGACAACCUUUACGACCUUUUAAAGUUUAUGUCAUUAAAAUACUAAAUUGUCGUCUUAUUUUAAUGGCUUCGUUAAAACUCAAGUUUUUGAUUAAUCAACCCACACUGUUAAUAUUUCUGUCCUUUGCUCCAAAAUUAAGAAAAAAUGGCGGGAAUAUUUGACAGCAAUGAAAUGACAUGAUGACCAUAGUGUCAAAAAAUACUAUAACAUCGAGUUGGUUGCGCGCCAAACUAAUAGGUACGAAAAGAUCAGUUUAUCAACGUAUUUCUAUUGAUCGUAACUUAAUACGCAUAAAUGGUAAUCUUAACUAGAAGUGCGUAUAGAAAAGCCUGUGAGAGCUUCGACAGUGAUAUAUCGCAAAAAAAUACUAUACCGCCAUGGUGCUCAUCAGGAAAAGUUUACGAAAGAAGCAAACCUAAGAAACUUGCAACGCCGAAGUGGGAAAUGCGAUCCACGUAUCCGUUACGAGCAAACAUCUGGGAAUAUCUGUAUGAAGAUAACGUCGAACAAAAGUUCAGCUGCACCAAUAAAAGAAGACAUAGGAAAUGUAAACAAAAGUCGGUCGAAAGCGAUUCUUGCAGGAAAACAGCUGUCUGGUUGCUUUUGAUAUUUGGUGCUGUUACUGGAACUUUUGUUUCAGUAUCUGUAUGGAAAACUAACGCGAGCCGAGAAGACCUGACACCUAAGGCGAAGAUAAUGUCGUUACCUGGUAUGGACUCGUCUUCAUCGGUCAGCUUCGAAUGCUGCACCAGAAUGAAGUAUUUAGCCGAACGUCUCGCGAAAUCUGAACAAUAUCUCAGAAACACAUUGCGAUCACGGACUCUAAUGUUGCCAUCCCGCCCCAAGUCAGAACAAAUGGCAACAGUUGCAGGGGCUAAGGACAUUGAUACUCGAUACAUAGAAGGUGCAACGGCGUCAAAGGGUGGUGACACAACGGAGUGGGGUGGAAGGGUAGCACUUUGGGGUGUCGUGCCUUUGUGGCGAGCUGCCCCAUCGCCCGAUACAGUGCUCGCUUUGCGAAGACCUACGCUGUCCGACUGUUGGCCUUUCAUUGGUUCGUACGGAGAAAUAAUAAUACGGCUGCCACAAUCGCAGAGGGUGCGUUACGUCACUGUUGAACAUAUUCACCCGGAUACGGCCCGGAGUGCGCCCAAGCAUUUCCUAAUAUACGGUACCCUAGCAAACAACACUUGGCUGAAGAUAGCAGACGGACAAUACCGCGCUGAAGGCCCCGCGAAACAAUACUACCCAUUAGCCUACAGCCACGUUGAAUGGACGAGCUUAGUAUUCCGCGUGCUAUCCAACCAGGGGAACAACAAAUAUACUUGUAUUUAUAGAAUUCAUUUGUAUGGAAAAGUCGACAAUAGUCUAGUUCCUUUUAAUAAAUUAUAACAGAUUUUUCUGGUU